AUGGAACCAAUUCCAGUACCUCAGCUGGUGAAUCCGCUCUCAGAUAACCAGGAAGAUGAUGUCAGUUAUACCACUGGGAUCGGAGAAGGUGUGUCCUCCCUUAUGUCGAUGGAGAUUGACGAAUGUAUCGAGAUACCCGAAUCCAAGGCCCGAGUUCUGCGCGGCCAUGAGAGUGAGGUAUUCAUAUGCGCCUGGAAUCCGAGCAGGGACCUUUUGGCUAGUUGCUCGGGAGACAGCACUGCCCGAAUCUGGGACAUGUCCGACGCAAAUGACAACACCAGCCAGCUUGUGCUGCGACACUGCAUCCAAAAGGGUGGAGCCGAGGUGCCCAGCAACAAAGAUGUCACCUCUCUGGACUGGAAUUGCGAUGGUUCUUUUCUCGCUACGGGUAGUUGUGAUGGAUACGCCAGGAUCUGGAAGACGGACGGUCGGCUGACCUUCACGCUAGGCCAGCAUCGGGGUGCAAUCUUUGUUUUGAAGUGGAACAAGAAUGGAAACUAUCUACUCUCCGCUGGUGUGGACAAAACGACAAUCAUUUGGGAUGCUUUGACGGGGCAAUGCUUGCAGCAAUUUGCAUUUCACAAUGCUCCAGUCUUGGGUGCGGCUUGGCAGGACAAUCAGACUUUCGCUUCCUGCGGGGGUGAUAAUCAGAUCCACAUAUGCCAGCUGGGAAGAAACGAACCGAUUAGAACGUUCAAGGGUCACAUUGACGAGGUGAACGCCAUCGAGUGGUGUCCUCAGGGCCAGCUGCUGGCCUCGUGUUCCAAGGAAGUCUACACGAUAAAAUGGUCGCCUACGGGACCGGGAUCUAAUAACCCCAACACCAACCUGAUCCUCGCCUCGGCCUCGUUUGAUUCGACGGUGAGGCUGUGGGACGUUGAGCGAGAUACUUGCAUCCAUACGUUGACUAAGCACACGGAACCGGUGAAUUCGGUGGCCUUCAGUCCGGACGGAAAGAAUCUUGCCACUGGAGGCUUAGAUAAAUGCAUUUACAUUUGGAACACGCAGACGGGACAACUAGUGCACAGCUAUAGGGCCACCGGUGAAAUAUUUGAGGUUUGUUGGAACUCCAGAGGCACAAAAGUGGCAGCUAGUGCGUCGGAUGGCAGCGUGAUUGUCCUGGAUCUGUGAAAGAUCGGCA